AUGAUGGCUGGCGGAAGGUGGGAAGGGGAUGGGCAGAGGCCCAGUGGGCGAGAGUUUCAAGUACCGGUAGGUGAGCGAUGUGCACUGACAGGUGAGGAGUGGCUGACAGGUGAGGAGUGGCUGACAGGUGAGGAGUGGCUGACAGGUGAGGAGUGGCUGACAGGUGAGGAGUGGCUGACAGGUGAGGAGUGGCUGACAGGUGAGGAGUGGCUGACAGGUGAGGAGUGGCUGACAGGUGAGGAGGAGUGGCUGACAGGUGAGGAGUGGCUGACAGGUGAGGAGUGGCUGACAGGUGAGGAGUGGCUGCCAGGUGAGGAGUGGCUGACAGGUGAGGAGUGGCUGACAGGUAAGGAGUGGCUGACAGGUGGGGAGUGGCUGACAGGUGAGGAGUGGCUGACAGGUGAGGAGUGGCUGACAGGUGAGGAGGAGUGGCUGACAGGUGAGGAGUGGCUGACAGGUGAGGAGUGGCUGACAGGUGAGGAGUGGCUGACAGGUGAGGAGUGGCUGACAGGUGAGGAGUGGCUGACAGGUGAGGAGUGGCUGACAGGUGAGGAGUGGCUGACAGGUGAGGAGUGGCUGACAGGUGAGGAGUGGCUGACAGGUGAGGAGUGGCUGACAGGUGAGGAGUGGCUGACAGGUGAGGAGUGGCUGACAGGUGAGGAGUGGCUGACAGGUGAGGAGUGGCUGACAGGUGAGGAGUGGCUGACAGGUGAGGAGUGGCUGACAGGUGAGGAGUGGCUGACAGGUGAGGAGUGGCUGACAGGUGAGGAGUGGCUGACAGGUGAGGAGUGGCUGACAGGUGAGGAGUGGCUGACAGGUGAGGAGUGGCUGACAGGUGAGGAGUGGCUGACAGGUGAGGAGUGGCUGACAGGUGAGGAGUGGCUGACAGGUGAGGAGUGGCUGACAGGUGAGGAGUGGCUGACAGGUGAGGAGUGGCUGACAGGUGAGGAGUGGCUGACAGGUGAGGAGUGGCUGACAGGUGAGGAGUGGCUGACAGGUAAGGAGUGGCUGACAGGUGAGGAGUGGCUGACAGGUGAGGAGUGGCUGACAGGUGAGGAGUGGCUGACAGGUGAGGAGGAGGGGCUGACAGGUGAGGAGUGGCUGACAGGUGAGGAGUGGCUGACAGGUGAGGAGUGGCUGACAGGUGAGGAGUGGCUGACAGGUGAGGAGUGGCUGACAGGUGAGGAGGAGUGGCUGACAGGUGAGGAGUGGCUGACAGGUGAGGAGUGGCUGACAGGUGAGGAGUGGCUGACAGGUGAGGAGUGGCUGACAGGUGAGGAGUGGCUGACAGGUGAGGAGUGGCUGACAGGUGAGGAGUGGCUGACAGGUGAGGAGUGGCUGACAGGUGAGGAGUGGCUGACAGGUAAGGAGUGGCUGACAGGUGAGGAGUGGCUGACAGGUGAGGAGUGGCUGACAGGUGAGGAGUGGCUGACAGGUGAGGAGUGGCUGACAGGUGAGGAGUGGCUGACAGGUGAGGAGGAGUGGCUGACAGGUGAGGAGUGGCUGACAGGUGAGGAGUGGCUGACAGGUGAGGAGUGGCUGACAGGUGAGGAGUGGCUGACAGGUGAGGAGUGGCUGACAGGUGAGGAGGAGUGGCUGACAGGUGAGGAGUGGCUGACAGGUGAGGAGUGGCUGACAGGUGAGGAGUGGCUGACAGGUGAGGAGUGGCUGACAGGUGAGGAGUGGCUGACAGGUAAGGAGUGGCUGACAGGUGAGGAGUGGCUGACAGGUGAGGAGUGGCUGACAGGUGAGGAGUGGCUGACAGGUGAGGAGGAGGGGCUGACAGGUGAGGAGUGGCUGACAGGUGAGGAGUGGCUGACAGGUGAGGAGUGGCUGACAGGUGAGGAGUGGCUGACAGGUGAGGAGUGGCUGACAGGUGAGGAGGAGUGGCUGACAGGUGAGGAGUGGCUGACAGGUGAGGAGUGGCUGACAGGUGAGGAGUGGCUGACAGGUGAGGAGUGGCUGACAGGUGAGGAGUGGCUGACAGGUGAGGAGUGGCUGACAGGUGAGGAGUGGCUGACAGGUGAGGAGUGGCUGACAGGUGAGGAGGAGUGGCUGACAGGUGAGGAGUGGCUGACAGGUGUGGAGGAGUGGCUGACAGGUGAGGAGGAGUGGCUGACAGGUGAGGAGGAGUGGCUGACAGGUGAGGAGGAGUGGCUGAUAGGUGUGGAGUGGCUGACAGGUGAGGAGUGGCUGACAGGUGAGGAGGAGGGGCUGACAGGUGAGGAGUGGCUGACAGGUGAGGAGUGGCUGACAGGUGAGGAGUGGCUGACAGGUGAGGAGUGGCUGACAGGUGAGGAGUGGCUGACAGGUGAGGAGGAGUGGCUGACAGGUGAGGAGUGGCUGACAGGUGAGGAGUGGCUGACAGGUGAGGAGUGGCUGACAGGUGAGGAGGAGGGGCUGACAGGUGAGGAGUGGCUGACAGGUGAGGAGUGGCUGACAGGUGAGGAGUGGCUGACAGGUGAGGAGUGGCUGACAGGUGAGGAGGAGGGGCUGACAGGUGAGGAGUGGCUGACAGGUGAGGAGUGGCUGACAGGUGAGGAGUGGCUGACAGGUGAGGAGUGGCUGACAGGUGAGGAGUGGCUGACAGGUGAGGAGGAGUGGCUGACAGGUGAGGAGUGGCUGACAGGUGAGGAGUGGCUGACAGGUGAGGAGUGGCUGACAGGUGAGGAGGAGGGGCUGACAGGUGAGGAGUGGCUGACAGGUGAGGAGUGGCUGACAGGUGAGGAGUGGCUGACAGGUGAGGAGUGGCUGACAGGUGAGGAGUGGCUGACAGGUGAGGAGGAGUGGCUGACAGGUGAGGAGUGGCUGACAGGUGAGGAGUGGCUGACAGGUGAGGAGUGGCUGACAGGUGAGGAGUGGCUGACAGGUGAGGAGUGGCUGACAGGUGAGGAGUGGCUGACAGGUGAGGAGUGGCUGACAGGUGAGGAGUGGCUGACAGGUGAGGAGGAGUGGCUGACAGGUGAGGAGUGGCUGACAGGUGUGGAGGAGUGGCUGACAGGUGAGGAGGAGUGGCUGACAGGUGAGGAGGAGUGGCUGACAGGUGAGGAGGAGUGGCUGAUAGGUGUGGAGGAGUGGCUGACAGGUGUGGAGGAGUGGGGAGACACACGAGCGAGCAAUGAUGGCAGAAGUGGGAGAGGAACGGCAGCAGCAGGAGGGAGGGUUGAGCAAGACUGCAAGGGGGGCUGGUGGAGUGGAGUGUAG